AUGACAACUACCCUAAUGGAAAUCGGGGGAACCUCCACCUACAUCACAUCCCGUAGCCCGAGGCCCGCCUUUCUUCUACUUUGCAAGCCAUGUCCCCUCUUUCCAGCCCAAACCGUCCUCCUCCUUCCCCAGCCCGGUCUGGCCCGCCACAACGGGCCCUCUGAACCUCCUUCAGCCCACCCUUUUGCAUUCAUUCUUAACUCAAUCUCUUCAUCCCUGCCCCCUCUUUGGAUUUCGAACAGUUACCUCAUGGCCCCUCCCCUCUGUUCCCCCACCCGAGACCUUGCCAAGAUGAUAACCUUUAACUUCGCCAGCUCAGCUCGGGCCCACCUCGGGUUCAAGCCCGCUAUCAUCCCCGAGUGUUAUGAGUCCGACACUUUCACCUUGGACUCAGGCAGGUGGAUUGAUUUCCAAGCGUAG